CGCAAAUGAAUCGUGAUGUUCCAGCUCCCGCAAUUCGACUAUUUUGCCUUCUCAAGAGCUUUCUUUUUUCUUUUUCCGUCUGACUUGUCUUUCUUUAGCUUUUUAUGUGCCAAUCAGAAGAAUAAGACUCAUGCUUUCUCCCUGGUUUUUUUUUCUUUGUCCCCCCCUUUUUUUUUCUUAUUUAAAAUAGUUAGGAAGAGGUUUUGGCUUACUUUUGAUCAAAGAGAGUGUGAAAAUAGUAUAUUCUUAUGAUGCUAUUUGUAGCAAAAUGCUUGUUCACUUAAAUAUUUUUGUAAUAUUCUGUGUGCCUUGAAAAGGAAUAUAUAUAUAUAUAUACACAUACAAAUAACACAUCCUAAUACAAUAGGGCAAUACAAUAAUAAUACCAUCAUUGAGUUCAAUGUUUUAUUAUUUUUGUGCAUAUAUUUAUACUAAUAAUUAUCCAAUAUGGAAUGAUCAUUUAACUAUACCAUUCAAAUGAAUUUUGCUACUAAUAAUAUCUGAAGUGCUUGUUGUAAUAUAGUCUGGUCCAACUAACACAGCAGGGUAUAUCAUUUCCAUAGAUUUACACUCUGCACAAGUGAUUAUUCCACUAGGAUUAAUUUCCUCCCGAGUGAUAGAAGUCCCACCUUUUCUCCACUCCUUGAUGAAGGUUUGUCUGAUUUUCAGAGAUUGAGGAUUCUGGUAAUUUGCUUUUUUUUUUAGAGAAUUUUCAAUGACAUCACAGUUGGGCACUGAGCUUCUGUUUCCCGAUUCUAUUACUUCCAUAUAGAAUAUAAAUUUCAUAUUUCACAGAAUGUAAAAUUCUUAUUUGUAAUCCAUCAGUUUUUCAAUUGAGUUGUUUUCUGAUUUGUAGAAGUGAUUCAUUGAUUAUAAAUAUAGCAUUCUAUUGGUUAUUUAUGUUACAAAUAAAGCCAUACCUUUGUAUCUGUGAGUUCAACCACCCCAUCUCACAAAUAAUCAAAAAAUAAUAGUAAAUUCUGUAUGGAAACAUGUACUGAUUUGUUUCUUCUCCUUAUUCUGUAAAUAAUAAAAUAUUGAAACUAUUUAAUUAUUUUUAUAUUGUAUGGGAUAUGUUAAGGAAUCUAGAGAUGGUUUGAAGUAUAUAGGAGAAUAAGCGUUUAUGACAAAUAUACUGUGCCAUUAUGUGUAAGGAACUUGAACACCCUCAGAGUCUGGUAACUGAAAGGGGUCAACCCACUAUGCAUGUCAAAGGUUAACUAUAUCCUACACAGUUUAUCAUUUUGCUUUCUUUCAUCAUCCCCCAAAAUUUGCCCCAUUAACUCCUGUACCAAGUAUUUUGUCUCAUCCCAUUCUAACCCAUUACCCCAUACCCAAGCUCUGGAAAGAAUUGAACUGGUCUCUGUCUCUAUAGUUUUGCCUUUUGUUGAAAUAUCUGUACAGUAUAAAAGGAAAAAUUUACAACUAACAUUCUCACACAAGUAUUCCUGCAACAUACAUUUUUAUUUCUCUUAAGUAAUACCAAGGAGUGGAAUUCAUUAGUAAGGAUCUCUUUGACUUUAAAAGAGAUUUUUCAAACCAUUUUCAAAAUGGUUGAACAAUUUUACAUACCCAUCAACAAUGUUCAAGAAUUCCAAUUUCUCUAUAUUCUCUCCAAUACUUUGUAUAAUCAAACUUUUUAAUUUUAGUAUGUAAUGGUAUCUCACUGUGGUUUUAACUUGCGUUUCCCUAAUGACCAAUGAGAUUGGACAUCUUUUUCUAUAUUUUGAGCAUUCAUAUAUAUACUUUUGUGAAGUAGCAGUUCAAAUCUUUUGCCUGUUUGCUAAAACAGUCGUCAGUAGAAGAUCACCAACAACUUCUACAAGUCUUAUAGUUUUUCUCCUACAUUUAGAUCUAUGGUUAUGAUCAAUUUAGAGUUAAUGUUUGUUUCAGGUCUGAGAUAGGGGUCAAGGUAACUUGUCUUCAGUAUGAUGGUCCAGUUGCCCCAGAGCCAUUUGUUGAAAAUGAUUAUCUUACCCACUGACUCACUUUGGCUGUUUUAUAAAAAAUCAACUGUGUAUGUAAUGAGGAUCUAUGUUUGAAUAUUCUGUUCCAUUGGUCUAGAAGUCAGUACUAUCCUAUCUUGUUUACAGUAGCUUUAUAGCAAGUCUUGAAAUCAACAUCUUGCUUCUUUUUCAAAAUCAUGUCAACUCAUAAGUUUUUUGCAUUUCUAUACAAAUUUUAGAAUCAACUUGUCAGUAUUUUUAAAAACUGAUGGAUUUUAUUUGGUUUCAUGUUGAAUCUAUGAAUUGGUUUGAGUUAAAAUGAAAUCCUAGCUAUAUUAAGUCUUCAAAUCACUGAACAUGGUAUGUCAUCUCUGCUUAUUUAGAUCAUUUAUUUAGAUCUCUAAUUUCUCUUAGCAAUGUUUUAUAGCUUUCAAUGUAUAAGUUUUUGUACAACUUUUUGGGUAAAUCUAAUUCUAGGUAGCUCAUGGUUUUGAUCUUGAAAUGAAUGAUAUUUUCUUAUUAAAUGAUCAUUGCAAGUAUAUGGACAUUGUUUUUUGUAUAUUCACCUUCAAUCCUAUGACCUUAAUAUGUUCAUUAUUUCUAGUUAAUAUGACUAGAAAUGAUCAAUGUUAUUGACCUCUUCAAAGACUGGUUUUUUAUCUUCUAAAUUGUCUCUUUUCAAUUUUAAUGAUUUCUGCUCUUUAUUAUUUCCUUUCUUCUGCUGUCAGGUUGAGAACAAUUUUUAUGCUAGGGCUAAUUUAAUUUUACUACUGAGGCAUGACUGUUCUGGGAAUUCCAUUCAAUUCCUCAUAUUUCAUGAGUUCUCAUCACACUGGCUGAUGGAAGCACAAUCUAAUCCUAGCUCUGUGUGAACUCCGGACGUGAUCUGCCUGCCUAUCUCCAGUGCUUUGGAGAGUUCUUUCUCAUGCUUGUGUAGAUCAGCAUUUAGCCAAAGGCUUGGAGAGAACCCCCUGCAGAGCUGUAGAGCUCAGGAUGUGAUGCUCCCUAGGCCUUGAUACUUUUCCUUGUAAACCAUAGCUGCCUCCAUUCCCCCAAACUCUGAUCUGUGUCACUUCAAGAUCCCUAGGCUGUAUUUACUUUUCCUUGGUCUACUCUGUCUGUGGUCCAGAAAUUGCGCCAGGCAGAAGGUAGUGGUUGGGACUAUGUUAGGGUUCAUCUGUUUUGUUUUUUUUUUUUCAAACCUUCUCUCAGAGAUCAUAGUCCUCACAUAUUGUCGUCCAAUUUCUGAAAACUGAUCAUGGGUUUUUGUAUUAACUAUGUGGGUGUCUGUGUGAGUGAGUGUGUAAGCCACAUCCCUUUAUGCACAGAAACUUAACCAACCUGAAAAUAACAUUUUACAAAAGCAUUCAAGUGGGCUUUAUGGACAACGUUUUAGGUCUUAUGACGUACAUAAUCAACAGGCUAUAUUAAUGUAGAGAAGUGUUGUGUUCCUGUCUUGUCUGAUUUUUAAAUUAAUACCUUAAUAUCCUAUGUACUUGAAUAUCCAAAAGUAUCUAAAAUUUCUUUUGAUUUUAUUAUCAGUGUAGGAAUGUUAUUGGAGGAGAUUGUUAACUGUUAUAAAUGGAUAAUAACAUCUGGCACUUUUUAAGAACUUUGAUGGCAGUAGAUAUUCAUGAAGAUAAAAUAAAACAUUUGAGGUGUUUUUUUUGUUUAUUUCUCAGAAGUAGGUCUUAUGCUUUUGAAUCACCAAGAGGUUUAUAUUUUUAUCCCAAUCUCUUAAUAGAAAGAUACAUGAAAUAGCUAGCAUGAUUUGAAAUAAAUAUAAAGCAGUUGAAGUAGUCUUAUAAUACCCUAAUUGUGAGUGAGCAGAGAAAUCACAUCACUUUAUUUCUGUAUCACAGUGUUGUACUCUUUAGUUAAUAAUAUUUUGGAUUUUUACACUGUGAAGAAUACAGGAUAGGAAAAUAAAAAGAUAAAAGGAAGAAUGAAAUAAUAAAAAGGAUAAAGAGAAAUGAAUAUUAAAAGGAAGGAAAUCAUUUUCCCCUAAAGUUUUAACCAAGUAUAAAGUUUAUUUAACCAUUAGCUAUUCUAUUCUUGCUAAGGCAGUAUAAGUUGUAGAUGUAUUGUUUCUCUUUCACUAUUUUUGGUGAAGUAUCCUGUUGAACUUUUAUAGAAAUUAAAACUAUUUUAACUUUCCAAAAUCAUGACAUAGAAUAAACAUUCUGGAAACCUCACUACCCCCUCAUUCCCUUCUCCAGGAUCUUUUCUUUCCUGACCCUUUGCCAAAAAUUCUCAUGUAGAAAAAUUGAGUCAACUACAGAAAAUGGAAAAGAAACAUACAAGGACAGAGUAAAUCCAAGGACAAAUGAACAUCUCCAGAGAAACGUGUGCAAAGCAACUUGAAAAUAGCUAGAGGAAAGCAUAAAAAUGACCGGUUAUAUUUACUAAUAGUUAAAAUCCUGUUAGGGUAUCUGCUAGAUGUAGGAUGGAGCCCAUCAGACCAGUAGAGUUCUUUAAUCUUUUGUUUCACUCCAGUAGGAGCAGUGAGGCCUCAUCUGUGCAGUUGUGGUGACUUCCAUUCCAAUCUCUAAUUUUAAGAUUUUCUUCUUGCCUUCCAGAGACAGUUUUGUUUGGCCCCAGGUCAGAGAUAAGUGAUUUGGAGAUCAUGAAUAUGGUCUGUUGGUAGAUCAAUAUAUAACUAAUAGACAGUGAAAACUACCUUAACUUGAAGCCCUUGGUCAAGAACAUUCAAGAAAGUUUAUCACAAAGGAGAUUAUCAACCAACUUUGAUGUCCGAUGUAAUCUUUAAACUUCCAAACGUAAAGCAGGUUAAGAAAUAAAAUUGAAGGAGCUGGUGUUGUUGCAUAGCAUGUUAAACUGUAGCCUGCCAUGCUGGCAUCCCAUGUGGGUGCCAGUUUGGGUCCUAGCUGCUCCACUUCCAAUCCGGCUCCCUGCUAAUGCACCUGGGAAAGCAGCAGACAAUGGCCAAAGUGCUUGGCCCCUUGCACCCACUUUGGAGACCCAGAUGAAGCUCCAGACUUCGCCCUGACCCAACCCCAGUCAUUGUAGCCAUUUGGGGAAUAAACCAGCAGGUGUAAGAUAUCUCUCUCUCUCUCCCCCCCCCUCUCUCUUUCUCUCUCUGUCUCCGCCUUUCCAAUAAAUACUUUAUAAAAAAGAAAUAAAAUUGCCACUUGCCAGAACGAAUGUGCCAAAGAUGGUCACAUUAGAUAAACAUUUCGAAAUGAACUACCUAGUCGUUGUUAGCCGUUAGAGUCAACAGAAACCACUGAGACAUUCCUAAAGUCGCGGUGGGUUCAUUCUGUGAACUCUCCUUGGAGUAGGUUGUGGACCUGCAUAAUGGAGCACUCCUUGUGUGGACUCCAGCUGUUUGGGCAGACUUGUUAUGCUGUGGCGGGACAUACCAUUCACUACACUAGCUUUCUUACACUAGCAGGGGCUGCAUUACCUCAUAGGACUUCACCAAGGUGGAUUGACUUAUUUUUAUGCCAAAGAACCAGAUCUGAGCAUGGCACUGACUCUUAAUAAAUUUCCCAUUUUCCAUCAUUAUUCAUGUUAUUUUGAAAGAACCUAUCAGCACUUUGAACAGCCCUAAAUGUUCUGAUUGAUGCAAAGAAGGCUUACAUGAGUUACACAAGUGACAGAACAUGGCCAUAACUCCAAAGCAAAUUUAUGCUACACAGGUUUGGGAAACAAGGUGUCUCUAAUGUUAGAUAAAGGAAGAUGGGACUAGGGUAGGCAUUUGGCCUAGCAGUGAAGACAGCAGUUAAGAUGUCCAUGUCCCAUUUAGAAGUACAGGGGCUUUAGUACCUGCCUGAUUCCUGACUCCAGUUCCUAAUGCCAGCUUCCUGCUAAUGCAGACCUUGGGAGGGAGUGAUGAUGGCUCAAGUGAUUAGGCUUCUGCUACCCAAAUGAGUUCCAGCUUUUGGCAUCAGCCCCUGAGCUGUUGUAGACAUCUGGGGAGUUAACCAGCAAAUGGGAGCUCUCUUGCUUGCUUGCUCUCGCUCUCCUUCUUGCUCUCUCUCUCUGUCUCUAUGCCUCUUUCUGUGUCUCCCUGCCUCUCAAAUAAAUAAAUAAAAGCAUAAAUAGAUAAAGGAAGAUGAGACAUAGAGGUGUAAAAAAUGAAAGCCAGUCCCAAAGAUAAUUUUAAAGAACAAUGACAGUCAAGGUUAACUGGAAGUAGGCAUUUGACAGUGUUUAUUUGUUAUUGUUUCUCAGAAUCACAAACCAGAAUGUAAAGCUGGUGCCCACCAGAUAACUUGAAAGUCGCCGUGACCUUCUUGAGCAUGAAUCUUCCUGCUAGUAUCCUCUCCUUUUAAGAAGUGACAAAGCCUGGAGCCUUGGAAUGUGGGAGGAAGCUCAGGCAUUAGGUAUAAGGAAAAGCAUUUGCAGUCUCUCUGUUCAAGGCUUCUUCCUGUCCACCAAGGGCUAUUGAAUCUUGAGUGUGUUUAUUUUACUUUUGUGUCUGUGUUUUUCAAAGAAGUGAAUGAUCAACCCAUGGCUUACAUUUCAUAAAGCAAAGUUAAAAAAAAUUUUGCAGCAAGAAGACAAAAUUUAUAAAGUUGACAAGAUUAGAUAAAAUGUGUAACACGAGAUACUUCAAAAAGUGUGUGAAGGGGCCAGCAUCAGGGUGCAGCAGGUGAAGCUACCCCUCACAACACGAGCACCCCAUAUCAAAGCGCCAGCUUGAGUGCAGCUGCUCUGCUUCUGACCCAGCUUCCUCCUAAUGUGCCUGGGAAAGCAGUGGAAGAUGGCCCAAAUGUCUGCACUCCUCCCACUUCUAGGAGAGACCUGGAUGGAGUUCCGAGCUCCUGGCUUCAGCCUGGCCCAGCCCUGGCUGUUGUGACAAGUUGAGAGGUAAACCAGUGGAUGUUUCUCCCUCUUUGUCAUUUGCCAUGCAGGUAAUAAAUAAAAUAAAUUUAAAGGGAUUUGUGGAAGAAUAGAAUGAAAAGCUAAGUUUGUUUUGGUUCAAAAAAGUUUUGAAACCAUGCAUAUAAGGGGUCUUCAAAAAGUUCAUGAAAAUUCAUUAUGAAAAAAACUAUGCAUGUAUCUCAAUUUUUCAUCCAAAAAUAAAGAAACUGAUCUUUUAAUUCUACUUUUCCUCAAGCUUUUUGAAGUACCCCUUGUACAUUGCCAAAGUUGGAUGAUUUUCUUAAACGGGAAGUAGUAGGGAACUACUUAAGCCAGAAGCUCUAGCUUAAUGAUACAGACCAGCACCUCUGCUCUAUAGGAAUCUGAAAGAGUUUGCGUGAUUACCCCUGGUCAAUAAGCAGCUCCACUAGUGGCUCUUGACGGAAAAAGCAGGAACUACAAAGUUAUCCAACACUGUGUCUUCAUUGCUGCUUCUCAGAAUUCCCGGGGGGAUCUUGACAAGUCAGUGGACUCCUGUUAUUCCACUUUACCCAUCUGCCAAGCUGACAUCACAUUGCCACAAACUCUCCUCACCUCUCACUGUCACAAAAGACUGCAAUUAUAUGAAAUUAAUGAAAACACAACUUGAGAAAUUACUCUACACAUGGUAGAUUGUAAAAAGCACUUUUAAAUGUGUGCAACAUGUCUAAUGGCUUACCAAGAAUGAAAAAUUGAAAUAUAAGUUAAACUUGGGUCUAUAACUGAAUUGACCUUCACAGUGAAAUUUGGAUUUAAUAUUUUUUCAGAAAUCAGGGACCAAGUUUCCAGCUUUCCUUUGGGCUUUGAUAAAAUCAGUAAUUAAUGCUCUUCUUGCUCACUUUCAGUUGCAUCCCCACUCUCCAGUCUGUCAAUGAAAGUUACAUUUAUAUUGACAAAUUUCCUUUUUUAUUUUAAACAAAAAUCUUAGUUUAGGUCUAUGGAUCAUCCUACCUCAUGGAAGCUACUGACAAUAUGAGGGUCUUUCCAAUGCACACUGAGGUGAUCUACAGUGAGGAGUACAGUCCUGGAGAGGGAGUGUUUCAGAGGAGAAGGAAGGUUAUUUUGGCACACUUUGGAGAUCAUUGCUUCUUGAACUAGGCCUUGGUUCUUUUGGCUCCAUGUCUUUCAAUUUCCACAGCAGGGAUCACCUAAACCCCAUCUGCAGCAUCAGGCCUCUUCCAUACCCAGGUCCUUUUAGUUAUUUUAUUUGGCUAAGAUUAAGCUAAGGAGCUCUGGCCCAUGGCAUAGUAUCAGAGCCUAGAUUACACUAACAGGUCACUCAUCACUAUCAUCAUUAAUUUUAAACCAAUCAAAUGUUCCAUGAAGCUAAUGAGCCUUGAGGGAGCCAGAGCUGCCAAGUCCUACAUCUGCCACUUACUAUCUGACCUUUCUCAAACUUGCUUUCUGUGAGCUUCAGAAUCUGCAUCUCUAAAGAGGAGAUAUGUCUGCAUUGUUGUCACGGAUCACAGGUCUAAGUCCAACUCUAGAGGAGGCUGCAGUGCAUUACUGGUACUCAAUAAAUGCUAUGUCCCCUUGAUUGCUCCCCCUUCCUUUCUGUACUUGGGUAUAGAAGAGCUUCCUACUGUUAGAGUUAGUGACAAUACGUGACUCAAGCAGUGAGUUGUUGAUGCUCAUGCUGAGAAUGACCAAAUGGCCCUGACAUUGCUGUUGAUUUGGGCUAGAAAUUUAGGUGAUAUUGGUGCCUAGAAGCAGUUCAGUCCACAUCUUCCCCUGUUCCCAGACACUUGGAACAUGCUUCCAUCAUGAAACUUAUCACACUGUUUUUGAAAUUUUUUCUGGUCAGUGUAAUGUCAAAGAGAGAAGCCGAUGGUUUAUUCAUCCUCAAGGUCUCCCCUUGCCUAGCACCACGUGUGGUAAGGGCACUACUCAUGCUGUGGGCACUUCACAUUCUUCCUCUGCAAAAGAUGUCUGAACAGAUGGGUCUGUUAGGCUUAACCAGGAAAUAAGUCCAAAUGCUCCAAAGUUCCCAGACCUCUUUGAAGGAGAAACAGAUGCACAUGCAGACACACACACACACACAGAGAGAGAGAGAAUUUAGGAAAUUGUUUUAAAAUGCGGCCGGCCAUUAGGUGAUCACAUCUUUAAUUCUUUUUUUAAAAAAAUUAAUUUUUUAUUUGAAAGUCAGAGUUACAGAGAGGCAGAGACAGAGAGAGAGAAGUCUUCCAUCUGCUGGUUCACUCCCCAAAUGGCCACAAUAACCAGAGCUGAGCCAAUCUGAAGGCAGGAGCCAGGAGCUUAUUCCGGGUCUUUCACAUGGGUGCAGGGGCCCAAGGAAUUGGGCCAUCUUCUACUGCUUUCCCAGGCAAUAGCAGAGAGCUGGAUCAGAAGUGGAGCAGCUGGGACUCAAACAGGCACCCAUGUGGGAUGCCGGUACUACAGGCAGCGGUUUUACUCAUUAUGCCACAAGUGCUGGGGCCCCUAAUCCUUUUUUUUUUUUUAUUGAGAGAGAUGGAGAGUCAGAGAGAUGAAGAGACAUAAAGAAAGAGCUCUCAUCUGUUGGUUCACUCUCUAAAUACCUGCAAUGGGUAGGGCCAAAGCCAGGAGCUAGGAAUCUAAUCUAGGUGGCAGUGUAGCAGGACCCAAUUACUUGUGCCAUCAACUUCCGUCACCUUUGCCGCCCAGGAUCUGCAUUAGCAGGAAACUGGAGUCAGGAACUGGAUAUGGAUACAGAACCCAAGUACUCUGAUGUGGGAUGCAGGCGUCUUCACUGGCAUCCUAGCCACUAGGCUAAAUGCUCACCACUUUUUAACUUUAAUGGAGAGUUUUCACUUGAAAUUUGUUCUCACAGGCACAGAGAUCUGUAUAUGUGAGCAGAUGGUGUUUAUUGCCUCUGUGCCCAGCCUAAAGAUAAGGCAAAGAAGGAUAUCUACUGAAAGCACGUUCUUAACUGGGGAGACUCAUGAGUUUAGCAAUUUGGGAGCAAUACAAUUUGAGAUCCAUGGAUUAUUAACAAGCAGUAGUACUAGUGCUGGUUAUAACUCAUGAGCACAGUCUCACUAUUUUCAUAAUCAUUCUUUGUGUAAUUGAGUUGUUGAAGAUAUAUGGAAAAGAAGAUGCCCAUUGUAGAAAUCUGAAGAUUCAGGAGAUGGUGUGGGUUGAAAAUGACUUCAUAUAUAAGAAAUAAUUAUGGUAAUAAUUAGCAUUUGCAUGGUACCUUGCAAUUUACAAAGUGCUUUUACAGAAUUAUCUCAUCUUGCAAAGGUUAUGAACUGGCCCUCAGAUACUAUCUUCUGCCAGUAUUAAACUUCCCUGCCAAGCCUUAGAAGUUGUAGAUGGAAUUUGGGGGACAGUGAAUAGGCAGAGGAUUAAUAAUACAUUAAAAGUAGAAUAUCUGCCAAAUUCACUGGCAUAGAAAUAUUUAUUUGGCAUUUUAGACACCCAAGAACAUAUCUCAUAAAAGAAGCAGCUGGCCCAUAUUUUUAUUUCCAAAACAGUACCAAAGUGCUUGGAACUUUUUUUGUUCUUUGGGAUGAGUUUUUUUUUUUUUUUUUAACUAAUUAAUUAACUAUUUGAGAGAGGGAGAGAGACCGAUGGAGAGCUCCCUUCUGCUGGUUCACAUACCAGAUGCCUGCAAUGAACAGGGCUGGAUCAAGUGGAAGCUGGGAGCCCGCAGUCCAGAUCCCUCAUGUGGUGACAGGAAGCCAAGUCCUUGAGCCAACACCUGCUGCCUCCCAGCUGUGCAUUAGCAGAACCGUGGAGAGCAGAGUCAGAACUUGAACCUAAGCACCCCAAACCACGAUGUGGGCAAGGGAAAGGUGUCUAUGUACAGUUACAAUGAUGAAGUCUCACACUUGGCACUAAAGGAUUCACAAAACCAGAGCAAAUUUGAACCUUAUGCAGAGUCAAUAACAACAAUUAUUUGAUGAAACCACUGAGUAUAAGUAAAAGGAUAGUUAGAGGGGAAAUAUGAGGAGCUGAUCACCCAACUCGGGUGUCCUUUGGCUAGAGAAAAUCCAGACUCUUUGGGAUGCCCAGUAAAGCCACAUCUUCCUUCCCCAGAGCAUGGGUGUGUAAAAUGCACAUGUUCAUGAGAAUUGACCUUGAAAGUGGAAGACAACCCCGCCUGCCAGCUUUCCUCUCUCCCUCGCUGUCAGCACCUUCCUACCCUGCUUUUCCUUCAAGCACGCGAGGUGACCUGGCCUGCGCGUGCAGAAGAGACAUCUGAUGGAAUAGACGCACAGCCCAGCGUGUACCAAGUCAGGUUAUUGGAUUACACAGGAAGCUGCAAGCAUCGAGAUCGCCGCGGCUGCAGCGCGAGCGCCGGCAAGCGUGGCGCUGGCUCCUUUGUAAGCCUUUCCAGAUGUGGCCGCCGUGCGCGCUUGGCCGGCGUCCAGGAGGCCGCCUGCAGUUGGCGCUUCCCGGGGCCGCAGCGUGAGCCGCAAUGCCGGCAUCCUGAAGGCGCGGGACCCGCUCUGCUCUCGGCUCCCCUGCGGCCCCGCGCCCGGGCGGAGCGGCAGCCCGCGGCCCGCGAGGGCAUCUCCAGGAGGAGGAGGGAGAAUGGUGGCUGCGUCCCGGCUGCGCUGAAGUCAUUUGCUGGCGGAUGGGGGACCCUGAGGCCCACGUGAUGGCCCGACCCCUGAGAGCCCCUCUCCGGAGGUCCUUUAGCGAUCACAUCAGGGACUCAACGGCCAGAGCCCUGGACGUUAUUUGGAAAAACACCAGGGACAGGAGGCUGGCAGCUGUUAAAUCAGUAAACUUGGAAGUGGAUGAAGAUAAGAGCACAAAAAAGGUCCCAUUCCCACCCCCACCCUCCAGCCCCCACUCAGAAGUGGCCAUUGGUUUGUCUCCUUACACCCUUCCCCAAGAGAGGCCUUUCCAUGUUCCUGAAGAUGAAAACAUUGUCAGGGCGGGUGUGUGCCUGGCUGGACCGUUGCACUCCCGUCUGCUGGGCUCUUCAGUGAGACUUGACAAUAUGCCAGUUCUCCUCAUUGAUAAGAGAAGCCUGAAGCACCAGCAGUCACCACUGGAUCACAAUACAAAGCUGCAGGGCCCACCAAAGAAAACAAACUGAGAGCUAUCUUGAAAACCAGCCAACAGAGUUCUGGUUUCCUAAAAAACCAUUGAAACAGUGUAGAAAGUCUAAAUUGAGCAUUUAACAAUGCCUUCUGUGAAUAAAACCAUGCUCAUUGGUGUAUUUCUCAUUCUUUCUAGCCAUUCUGAGCAUGUCCUAGCCAUUGAUAAUGUCUCCUCAAUUUCUACAUCAGGUUGUAAGUUGUUCUUUUUUUUUUAAGGUUUAUUUAUUUAUUUGAAAGGCAGGUUUAGAGAUGUAGAGGCAGGAAGAGAGAGAGAGAGGUCUUCCAUUUGCUGGUUCACUCCCCAAAUGGUCCCAAUGCCUGGAGCUGGGCUGAUUGAAAGACAGGAGCCAGGUGCUUCUUCAGGGUCUCCCAUGUGGGUGCAAGGGUCUAAGGACUUGGGCCAUCUUCUAGUGUUUUCCCUGGACACAUUAGCAGGAAGCUGGAUGGGAAGUGAAGCAGGUGGGUCUCGAACCUGCUACGCCACAGCACUGGCCCCGCAAGUUAUUUUUUCUGACACUUGAAAUCUUUAGGGGAGAAAAAUAAGCCCAAGUAAAUAAAAAUACUUAUGAAAUAUAUCAAAUUACCGAAUCUCAUUAUACAUUGGUAUGAGAUUUUAUUGCCCAGUGGGAGCCUUACUAUGGUCAUAUCUAGGAUUCCUAAAAGAUGACAUUUUAUUAUUAAAUGGAGUCAAGAGUGGGAAAGGAAUCUAUCAUGGGUUUCUGCAUGUUGGAAAUGGAAGACCCUCAAGUUUUAUACUUGAUUCAUGGGAGCAACCAACUUGGUUUAUUAUUUUUCAAUUUCAUGUCCUUUAAAAUUGUGUAACCUUCAAUUCAAUGCCAACAAUUUUCCAACAUCUUUCCAAGAAGGUCUUUGUUAUGCAUAUUCUGAAAAUCUAAAAGUUCUGCUUAAUCCAGGGAGAUAUCCUCCCCCAAUCUGUAUGCAGAAAUACGGUGUCAUAUAUUGUUAUUUUUACAUAUUUCAAGAAUAUAAAGUGCUUCAUAGAUGUGGACGGUGUGCAUGGGCAUGUGGCAUGUGCAAUCAUGCACCUGUAAGCCGGGACAUGGAGGGAUGUAGGAGCCUGCAUAGUCAUUUUGCUGGCCUGAGCUUCAUUCACCUAAUAAUAAGUCUAAAAGAAGGGUCUGUUUUUCUCAGUACUUGUAACUCCAUUAUUGAAUGAAUAUGCCAUUUUUAAAUAGUAUAAUCAAUAUUGAUUCUAUCAUGCAGAACUUUUAUUCUGUCUUUCUCCUUGUCUCUGAUACUAAAGAGAACAGCAAUAAAUUAAUAUUCAUAUUAAAUUCCCACUACAUCAAACAUCUAUCCUUGAAAUUUAAAGAUUAAAAAGAAAAUAUAGCCAUUUUUUAAACCUAUGCAAUAGAAAAAGAAGCUAUCCUCCCAAAAAUUUAAACAAAACCCUUGAGUAAAGCAAAUUUGAGUCCAUCAAAUGAAAGAGUAUAAUCCAAAACUAGAAACAAACAUUUGCUCAAAUGGAAAACAUUUCUGGACUCCUGCCUUUCAGACCUGCCUGCCUCCCAAGCUGUUAUAUGGUGAUAUUGAAAAUGCUUCACGUAUCACAGAGAUAACGCGAGGAUUAAAGGCAUGUUUGAAGUUCUUGGAACUAUUCUAAGAAAGCCACUCGAGAAAAUAUAAGCACUGUCAGUCAUGCAGUGCAGUCUGUUAUUAAAAACAGGCAAUCGUUUUUAUCCACUUUUCUUAACAUUUUCUUUUUGGUUUUUUUUUUAAGAUUUAUUUAUUAAUUUGAAAGGCAGAGUUACACCGAGAGAGAGGGAGAGGCAGAGAGAGAGGUCUUCUCUACGCUGGUUUACUCCCCAAAUGGCUGCAAGCCUGGAGCUGGGCCGUUCUGAAGCCAGGAGCCUGAGCUGCUUCUGAGUCUCCCACACAAGUGCAGGGGCCCAAGGACGUACGCCAUUUUCCAGUGUGUUCCCAGGCCAUAGCAGAGAGCUGAAUCAGAAGUGGAACAACCAGGACUUGAACCGGCACCCAUAUGGGAUGCUGGCUUUGCAGGCAGUGGCUUUACCCUCUCCGGUCACAGCACCAGCCCCACUUCUCUUACAUUUCUAAUAUUGAACUAUCACAUCAUAAUUAACAUUUUCAAAUUGAAUCUUCUUUUUGCAAAAUGAGUCCCAAAAGCAAUACCAAAGCAUCAUUCACCAAGACAAGCAGAAAAUAUAGUCUUAGGAAAUGAACGUUCACUCCUUCAUUCAUUCAUUCAUGUCAAGCAUUAUGCUAGGCACUAGGAAUGCAGCAGUAACUAAUGCAGACACAAUCCCUGCCCUCACAGAACCUGCUGUCCAACAGAGGACCCAACGAUUCCUGAGUGUUCCAAAGAAAAGCAAAGUGUAUUGGAUUGUGAAUUGACAAGAGGGACCUAAAGGAACUUAGCUCAGUCUAGGGCAAGAUCGGGAUACAGACUGGAUAAGGGCAAGUGUAGAAGCUUGGAAGGCCAUCGUGGUUGGUUGGUUUUCUUGAUACAAGGAAGGCCAUUGUACUGUUAUUUAACAGGAUGGAAGCCUUUGUAAUAUUAACUGAAACUCUUUGUGGAGUGUUUAUGUAUUUAUACCACAAUUUAUUGAAACUGGAGUUAAUGGUUCUGUUUUGUCUUAUCAGGGACAGUGCCAACUGUUUGUAUGCAUGAGUGUUAAAGUCCUGGUUAUGAUUUAUUUAACCUCAUCUUGAUCAACUUUGGUCUGCCAACAUCUGACACUAUGACUGCUAUUAAAUUCUCGUUUUAGCAUACUGACUUGCACAAUGUAGAGUCAUCUUCCUUGUAAGGACUUUGUGUAAAUUUAAGGAAAGGUCCUCAUUCCUUCUUAUGGGUUUUCUUUGUUUUCUCUCCCUUUCUGUAUUUUUGUUUUAACACUCACUUUUUACUUCUAUUUUACAGUAGGCAUGUUGUAACAAACACUUUCAAUAAGGAACUAGAAAAAAUUAUAUUUUCCCAUGCCAAAUUCUGUGGGUUAUUUUGUUAUAUGUCUGAUACACACAGGAACAAUGACUAAUAUUGGUCCGUAACUAAUAUAGUGGCCAUCAGUGAAUAGAAAAAAUAGACCAAAAUUUACUUUAUAAAAUCCUCUGUAGAAGAUGGCACUCUCCCCCACAUACCACCACUAUUUAUUCACUUAGUAGUUUUGAGAAAUGAGAAAACUAGGACUCUAUUCAUUUAAAAAAAUUUUUUUGACAGGCAGAGUUAGACAGUGAGAGAGACAGAGAGAAAAGUCUUCCUUCUGUUGGUUCACCCCCCAAAUGGUUGCCGAUUGCUGCGCCGAUCCGAACCCAGGAGCCAGGCGUUUCCUCCUGGUCUCCCAUGUGGGUGCAGGGCCCAGGCACUUGGGCCAUCCUCCACUGCCUUCCCAGGCCACAGCAGAGAGCUGGACUGGAAGAGGAACAACUGGGACAGGACUAACACCCCAACCGGGACUAGAACCCGGGGUGCCGGCGCCGCAGGCAGAGGAAUAGCCAAGUGAGCCGCGGUGCCAGCCCAUUUAAAAUUUUUGUUCUUUUUUUUUUUUAAUUGUUCUAUUUCUAUAGGUGAAAUGACCUAGAACAAAUAGAUUAUAUCAGGCUUAUAUGAAGAACUUCAGACUAGAGAAAGAUUUUUUUGACAGGCAGAGUGGACAGUGAGAGAGAGAGAGACAGAGAGAAAGGUCUUCCUUUGCCGUUGGUUCACCCUCCAAUGGCCACCACAGGGCAGGAGCCAGGUACUUCUCCUGGUCUCCCAUGGGGUGCAGGGCCCAAGUACUUGGGCCAUCCUCCACUGCACUCCCUGGGCACAGCAGAGAGCUGGCCUGGAAGAGGGGCAACCAGGACAGAAUCCGGCGCCCCGACCAGGACUAGAACCCGGUGUGCUGGCACCGCAAGGCGGAGGAUUAGCCUAGUGAGCCGCGUCGCCGGCUUAGAGAAAGAUUUAAAAGCAACAAGAAUGACACAUGCUUUAUAUGGUUUUCAUUUUGAAGAUAAUGAAAGAACAAAACAAUUUUCUUCAAAAGAUGUCAAAAUAAUAUCAAGUUAUGAAAAGUGGAAAAUCUAAAGUGUUUCUAGUGAACCAUUCCAAUCCCAAAAUGUCAGUGUCCUUCCAAGAGUCAGAGAAAGCAUUUCCAAACUUAUUUAGCAUAGUAAAUGAAUUUACAAAACAAAAAAGUUUUUGAAAUAGAGCUAUCAAAAGUCAUACCCUUUUGUUUCUGUUCACUGUAUGUCCCAGUUUUAUGAUGUUUUAGUGUGCUUAGUGUACUUCCAAUUAGUCCCUCUUAUGACUUGCUUCCAAUAAAUAUUGUAAUUCUUGAUGUAAUCAGUACUCUAACCUUAGAUCUUCACCUGGAAUCAAUGAAUAAUCUGGUCUUACUAAGGCAAUAUUAAAAAAUACUUGUUGGGGCUGGCGUUGUGGCAUAAUGGGUUAUGCCACCACCUGCAACACCAGAAUCCCACAUGGGCAAUGGUUGCAGUCCCUGCUGCUCUACUUUCAAUCCAGCUGUCUGCUAUUGCACCUGGGAAAACAGCAGAAGAUGGUCCAAAAGCUUGAGCCCCUGCACCUAUGUGGGAGAUCUGGAAGAAGCUCCUGGCUCCUGGCUUUAGCCUGGCCCAGCCCUGGCUGUUGUGGCCAUUUGGGGAGUAAACCAGUAGAUGGAAGAUCUCUCUCUCUCUCUCUCUCUCUCUCUCUGUCUCUAUCUCUCUCUAUCUCUAUCUCUCUCUAACUCUGCCUUUCAAAUAAAUAAAAUAAAUCUUUUAAAAAAAACUCAGAAUUGAGAAAAAUUACUUAUCUCAAAAGAGCAGCAGAUAAAAGUUGGAAGAUGCUGUGUUUUGCUAACUAUUUAAACAAAGAACAUAAAGGCAAGAAAUUAGUGGGGCAGGCACUGUGACACAGUGAGUAAAGCUACUGCCUGUAGUGCCAGCAUCCAAUAUGGGCACCAGUUCGAGUCCCAGAUGCUCUACUUCUGAUCCAGCUCUCUGCUAUGGCCUGGGAAAGCAUAGAAAAUGACCCAAGUCCUUGGGCCUAUGCACCCAUGUGAGAGACCCAUAAGCUCCAAGCUCCUGGCUUUGGAUCAGCAUAGCUCUGGCUGUUGCGGCCAUCUGGGUAGUGAACCAGCGGAUGGAAGACCUCUCUCUCUCUUCCUCUCCUUCUGUCUCUGUGUAACUCUGACUUUCAAAUAAAUAAAUAAAUCUUUUUUAAAAAAAGAAAUUAGCAAAUAAUCAGGAAUAACAUAUGGACAAUGAGGCUGCAAUUCCUUCCUACUUUUUCUCCCAUAGAUUUACCUAUAGAACCUGGACAGGAAGAAAGUACUCCACUAUCCAAUCCUCCCCAAUUUAGCAACUGUAAUUAACAUUUGAAAACCCACAACUGAUUGUAGUUUAUUGCCUAGACUGGCCAUUCGCAUAUCUAACAUUUAUGGAGGUUGUUUUUUCUAUUUAUGAACAAUACCAUACUCUGUAAUCUUAAGUAACCUUUCAUUUUGUUGUCAGACUAAUGAGCAGAGGGCCCCUACUGGUGCACGAGUUCCGUCAGCUCCCCAACGUCUGUGUCUCGUCACGACACCCUCUUCUCCUCUUGCAGUGGCAUGUUUAGUAACCAUCCUGAAGAAUUAUGCUUUCUGUGGGAGAAAUCACAUACAGCAGUGGAAAUUAAGACUACAUAGAUUUUCAAAAAUGUUGAGAUGACUCUUUUCAGAUAUUUCCACCUAUAUAUCUAAAAUAGACAGACUGAAUUUCACAGGUUUACAUGCAUACAUCAAUUUAUGAAAUAGCUGCAAACUAUCAUUUCGAAUGUUUUUAAAAAAAAUUGCUUUUCUGGAAUUUACAGACUCUAGGAAUACUAGAGCUAGAAAAACCAAAGUUAUCUAUGAUACUUAAUAUUUUCAUUUUCAUAUCUUUAGCACUCAUCAUAUUCUUUAACAUCAACUAAAAUAAAACAAUAUAGUAUGUAGAAUACAAUUAAUACAUACAUUAUAAAUGACAACUUAAGCUACAAAUAAUAGACAUGGGCAAUUAGGGCUUUUUUUAAAAUAGAAAUUUUGUAUGAUUUUCUUUUUCUGCCAUCAGUAGCUCCAAGUUGUAAGGAAAUGUGUGUUUAAAAAAAAAACUUACUUUGUCUAAAUCAAGCAGCCUAAGUACUUUAUUCCAUCCUAAGGUGGAUGGGGGGAUGUAGAGAGAGGGAGAAUGAAUCUACAUCCAAAUACCCACUGUCUUUGGAAUGUUAGCUCUAACUUUCUAUUGCAAAGUCAUGAUUCACGAUUGAUCUGAAAGGGCAUUGCAGAAGGGAAACAGAAGCUUGAUGCAAUAUCACAUAAAAAGAACUUGUAAUCCAAAACCCCCGCAUUGAAGAAAGGAUGACUAAUUCUAGUAACCAUUAAUACUGAAAUUGUGAAUCUGCUGGUUUUUUGGGAGUUAAUCAUUUCUACUAAGAAAAUAAAGUGAUUGAUAUAUACUAGCAAUUGUUUUCCUCUUGGCAAUGUUCUUGUGAAGGGGGCUGAGACAGACAAUGCACCUGAUAACAAGGAUCCUUAGCUGUGUUUCUCAGUUCCUUCUUGGCCUAGGAAUUAGUAGGCGAUAAAGUAUGUGUAAACUUCAUGAAAUUAAUUUUCAUGUGCAUAUUUUAAUAUUAGAUUCUUGAAUUCUGAAUGCAGAUGUGUUUAUAACUUCAUGAAAACCUGACUUGUUUUAAAUAUUUUGUACUUUUUUACCACAACAAUAAAAAUCAGCUUUAAAGGCAUCAUACAAAGAUGGCCUUGCUUGCUGAGAAGUCCUUCUUUUGUCAAACCAUCGGUUAUAAUUCACAGGUGGAAAAUGAGGCACUUUGAAUAAAAAUUCUAUGGCAACUUGAAACUAAUCUUAGACAUUUUGCACCAAACACAAUCUCAACUAGUAAUCCAGCCUCUCAGAAACUGUUUUCGAUAUCUCAAAAUUCAGUACACGUGAGUCAAAUAUUUUCAAGUACUGUACAUGUUUUUUCAUAAUAUACAUUUUCCAUAAAUUUUUGAAGUUCCCACAUAUACAUGGACUUCACACGUGUUUUUACCAAAAUAAACUUAUCUUUGUAUUCCAUUUUCCACAGACUUUCUGAAGCACCUCUGUGUAUGUGUGUGUGUGUGUGUAAUCUCUAAAGCUUGGCUUCUCAAUCUUGACACUAUUGACAUUUGGGGUCAGACAGUUCUUCAUCAGGGGCCGGGGAUGUUUAACCAUGGCAGGAUGCUUAGCAGUGACCCUGACCCCUGCUGACCAAAUGCCAGCAGUACUUACCUGACAGCCAAAACAUCUCUCAGCACUGCUGAAUGUCCCCUGGGGAGCAAAAUCUCCCCAGCUGAGAACCACUCCACUAAAUCAUUUACAAGUAAUCCUGUAUUUAUAGAUCAUGUAAGGCAAACAUGAAAAAUUUCUAUUUUGAAAUUUGAGUUUAGGUUUUAGUAGUGCCAAAAAAAGUUUUGCUUUCUCUAUAAAUGUUACCAUGAAUAACUUUUAGAGAAAGAAAUAUAACAGAAUAUGCUUCAAAUUGUUUUUUAAAUCCUGGUAUAACAACAGGUGAUAUCCUGAUAAAACCUUCAGCUUAUUUUAGUGUUUGAUUUUGAAGACCAUCAUGGUAGAAAAAGAUAUGUAACAAAAUGCAACUUUUUUACCAACUGCCAUCCAAAAGAUUUUCCUUAAAUUUCACUAGUAACCAUCUCUGCCUUGAUAUCUUGAAGACAAAUGGGAAAUUGCGUUUUUAUAAAUUGGACGCGUUUAUUCAUAUCUGAAACUACUACAACUACUCAUCAUUCAAAAUUUUAGAUUACAAAACUAUAUUCAUAUUUUUAAAAAACAAUUAUUUAUUUAUUUGAAAGUUAAAGUUAAAAGAGAGAGAGAGAAAUCUUCCAACUGCUGGUGCACUCCCCAAAUGGCUGUGACAGCCAGAGCUGGGCUGAUCCAAAGCCAGGAGCUUCUUCUGGGUCUCCCUCGUGGGUGCAGGAGCCAAAGGACCUGGGCCAUCUUCCACUGCUUUCCCAGGCCAUAGCAGAGAGCUGAAUCAAAAUAGAGCAGCCAGGACUUCAACCAGCCAGCACCUAGAUGGGAUGAUUACAAUGCUAUCUCCAUAAACAGAAUUCUUUCUGUGGCUAAAUUUACAGUUUUUCCACCAAGCAUUCUCUUUAUUAACGGAGUCACUUACUAUUGAGACUAUCACCUCAUUGGUUUUCCUUACCUUUAGGGUCUAAUAAUGAGUGGGAAACUAAUCAUGCAUAUUCAUUCCAUCACUGAAACAUAAUUUCACAAAUAUAAAAUAUAAAAGCUGAACUCUUAUUUUACGCAUAUUCCAAACCUCUCAUACUGUGCAAUGUGUUCUAGAACUUGAUAAUUCAUAUCUUUGGCAAUGUUUACUCCAUGUUUCUAAGUGUGCUUAUUAUCAAAAGAAUAUGUUUUAGUUUAAACCAUAUUGUUUUUCAAGGAUUCAUUUAGCCAUUUUUAUCAAGUUAAAGACAUAUGCUUCAUUAAGGUGUCUUUAAAUUAGUGGCUAUUAAGGGAGAUUUUCAAGUGUGACUUCUAAACGUUUGUCAGUAAACAUUAGCUUGAGUGCCACAUAACUAAACAUCAUGGGAGAAAUCAUUGAAAAGCACGUUGUGGAACCAUAUCCUUAGCUAAUAUCUCCAGGCAUAAGUUUCCUCUAGGUCAAGGUUCACUUUGAAGAAGAAUGGAGGUAGGGCCUGAGCUGUAGCCUAGUGGGCUAAGCCUCCGCCUGCGGCACCAGCAUCCCAUAUGGGUGCCGGUUCAUGUCCCAGCUGCUCCUCUUCCAAUCCAGCUCUCUGCUUUGGCCUGGGAAAGCAGUGAAAGAUAGUCCGGAAGAAGCUCCUGACUGCUAGCUUCAGUCUGGCCCAGCCCUGGCCAUUGUGGCCAUUUAGAAGUGAACCAACAUGGAAGACCUUUCUCUCUGUCUCUCCCUCUGUCUGUCUGUAGCUCUAUCUCACA